AUGGUGGAGGUGGAAGUGAUGGAGGUUGGAGGUAGAAGUGAUAAGGCAGUGGUGGAGGUGAAAGUGAUGGAGGUGGAGGUGGAAGUGAUGGAGGCAGAGGUGAUAGAGGUGAUGAAGGUGGAAGUGAUGGAGGCAGUGGUGGAGGUGGAAAUGAUGAAGGCAGAGGUGAUGGAGGUGGAAGUGAUGGAGGCAGUGGUGGAGGCGGAAGUGGUGAAGGUGGAAGUGGUGAAGGUGGAAGUGACGGAGGUGGUGUUGGAAGAAGUGGAAAUGGACGUGAUGGAGGUUUUGGUGGUGAUGAGACCAGUGAUGGUGUUGGUUGCACUGAUGGAGGUGGUAGUGGAUUGGAACCGCACGUGGUACACCAGCAAUCCCGACUUCACCAAGUGCUUUCAGAACACCAUCCUUGUGUGGGUGCCUUGUUUUUACCUCUGGGCCUGCUUCCCCUUCUACUUCCUCUAUCUCUCCCACCAUGACCGGGGCUACAUUCAGAUGACACACCUCAACAAAGCCAAAACUGCCUUGGGGUUUUUGCUGUGGAUCGUCUGCUGGGCAGACCUCUUCUACUCUUUCUGGGAAAGAAGUCAGGGCAAGUUGCUGGCCCCUGUGUUUCUAGUCAGUCCAACGCUCCUGGGCGUCACCAUGCUGCUUGCUACCUUCUUAAUUCAGCUGGAGAGAAGGAAGGGAGUCCAGUCCUCAGGGAUCAUGCUCAUUUUCUGGCUGGUGGCCCUGCUGUGUGCUGCUGCCAUCUUGAGAUCUAAAAUCAUGACUGCCUUAGAAAAGGAUGCCGACGUGGACGUGUUUCGAGAUGCCACCUUCUACGGCUACUUCUUGCUUGUGUUGGUUCAGCUUGUGUUGUCCUGUUUCUCGGACCGUUCGCCCCUGUUCUCCGAAACCAUCAACGACCCUAAUCCUUGUCCGGAAGCUGGCGCCUCCUUCCUUUCGAGGAUCACCUUCUGGUGGAUCACAGGGAUGAUGGUCCAGGGCUACCGCCACCCGCUUGAGAGCUCGGACCUCUGGUCUCUAAACAGGGAGGACACAUCUGAACAGGUGGUGCCUGUUUUGGUGAAGAACUGGAAGAAGGAGUGUGCCAAGUCGAGAAAGCAGCCGGUGAAGAUUGUGUACUCCUCCAAGGACCCUGGCAAGCCCAGAGUAGGCUCCAAGACGGAUGUGAAUGAGGAGGCGGAGGCGCUGAUCGUCAAGUCCCCCCAGAAGGAGCGAGAGCCAUCGCUGUUUAAGGUGUUAUACAAGACCUUCGGGCCCUACUUCCUCAUGAGCUUCUUGUUUAAGGCGCUCCACGACCUGAUGAUGUUUGCAGGCCCAGAAAUCCUCAAGCUGCUCAUCAACUUUGUCAAUGACAAGGAGGCCCCCAACUGGCAGGGCUAUUUCUACACGGCGCUCCUGUUCAUCAGCGCCUGUCUCCAGACCCUUGUGCUGCACCAGUACUUCCACAUCUGCUUCGUCAGCGGCAUGAGGGUCAAGACCGCCGUCAUCGGGGCCAUCUACCGCAAGGCUCUUGUGAUCACCAACUCAGCAAGAAAGUCCUCCACGGUGGGCGAGAUCGUUAACCUCAUGUCUGUGGACGCCCAGCGCUUUAUGGACUUGGCCACAUACCUUAACAUGAUCUGGUCAGCCCCUCUGCAAGUCAUCCUAGCUCUCUACCUCCUGUGGGUGAACCUGGGUCCGUCUGUCCUGGCCGGGGUGGCUGUCAUGAUCCUCAUGGUCCCUGUCAAUGCUGUGAUGGCGAUGAAGACCAAGACCUACCAGGUGGCCCACAUGAAGAGCAAAGACAAUCGGAUUAAGCUGAUGAAUGAAAUUCUCAACGGGAUCAAGGUGCUAAAGCUUUACGCCUGGGAGCUGGCUUUCAAGGAGAAGGUGCUGACCAUCAGACAGGAGGAGCUGAAGGUGCUGAAGAAGUCUGCCUACCUGGGCGCCGUGGGCACCUUCACCUGGGUCUGCACACCUUUCCUGGUGGCCCUGUCCACGUUUGCCGUCUACGUGACAGUCAACGAGAACAACGUGCUGGAUGCCCAGAAAGCCUUCGUGUCCUUGGCUUUGUUCAACAUCCUGCGGUUCCCCCUGAACAUCCUCCCCAUGGUCAUCAGCAGUAUCGUGCAGGCCAGCGUGUCCCUGAAGCGCCUGAGAAUCUUCCUUUCUCACGAAGAGCUGGAGCCAGGAAGCAUCGAGCGGCAGCCUACCAAGGAAGGAAGCGGAUUGAACAGCAUCACCGUGAAGAACGCCACUUUCACCUGGGCCCGGAGCGAACCGCCCACGCUGCACAGCAUUUCCUUCUCGGUUCCCGAAGGUGCCUUGGUGGCCGUGGUGGGCCAGGUGGGCUGUGGAAAGUCAUCGCUGCUCUCUGCGCUGUUGGCUGAGAUGGACAAGGUGGAGGGGCACGUGGCUCUCAAGGGCUCAGUGGCCUACGUCCCCCAGCAGGCCUGGAUCCAGAACGAUUCCCUCCGAGAAAACAUCCUGUUUGGCCGUCAGCUGCAGGAGCGCUAUUACAAGGCCGUGCUCGAGGCCUGUGCCCUCCUCCCUGACCUGGAGAUGCUGCCCAGCAGGGACCAGACAGAGAUUGGCGAGAAGGGCGUGAACCUGUCUGGGGGCCAGAAGCAGCGCGUGAGCCUGGCCCGGGCUGUGUACUGUGAUGCUGACAUCUACCUCUUUGAUGAUCCCCUCUCAGCAGUGGAUGCCCACGUGGGAAAGCACAUAUUUGAGAACGUGAUGGGUCCCAAGGGAAUGCUGAAGAACAAGACGCGGAUCCUGGUCACCCACGGCAUCAGCUACCUGCCGCAGGUCGAUGUCAUCAUCGUCAUGAACAGCGGCAAGAUCUCCGAGAUGGGGUCCUACCAGGAGCUGCUGGCCCGGGACGGGGCCUUCGCUGAGUUCCUGCGCACCUACGCCAGCGCCGAGCAGGAGCAGGACACAGAGGAUGAAGGACAGACAGGGAGUGGUCCAGUGAGGGAAGGGAAGCUACUGGAGAACGGUGUGCUCGUGACGGACACAGCGGGGAAGCAACUGCAGAGACAGCUGAGCAGUUCUUCCUCCUACAGCGGGGACACGCGCAAGCCCCACCACAGCAGUACGGAGCUGCAGAAAGCUGGGAUGCAGAAGGAGGGCCCCUGGAAGCUGAUGGAAGCCGACAAGGCCCAGACGGGGCAGGUCAAGCUCUCCGUGUACUGGGACUACAUGAAGGCCAUCGGACUCUUCAUCUCCUUUCUGAGCAUCUUCCUCUUCCUGUGCAACCAUGUUGCCUCCCUGGCUUCGAACUACUGGCUCAGCCAGUGGACGGAUGACCCCAUCAUCAACGGGACCCAGGAGCACACCAAAGUCCGGCUGAGCGUCUAUGGAGCGCUGGGCAUUUCCCAAGGUUUCGCGGUGUUCGGCUACUCCAUGGCAGUGUCCAUCGGGGGCAUCUUCGCCUCCCGCCGCCUGCACCUGGACCUGCUGCACAACGUUCUCCGCUCGCCCAUGAGCUUCUUCGAGCGGACGCCCAGCGGGAACCUGGUGAACCGCUUCUCCAAGGAGAUGGACACGGUGGACUCCAUGAUCCCGCAGGUCAUCAAGAUGUUCAUGGGCUCCCUGUUCAAUGUCAUCGGCGCCUGCAUCAUCAUCCUGCUGGCCACUCCCAUCGCCGCCAUCAUCAUCCCGCCCUUGGGCCUGAUCUACUUCUUCGUCCAGAGGUUCUACGUGGCGUCCUCCCGGCAGCUGAAGCGCCUCGAGUCGGUCAGCCGCUCGCCCGUGUACUCCCACUUCAACGAGACCCUGCUGGGGGUCAGCGUCAUCCGCGCCUUCGAGGAUCAGGAGCGCUUCAUCCGCCAGAGUGACCUGAAGGUGGACGAGAACCAGAAGGCCUACUACCCCAGCAUUGUGGCCAAUCGGUGGCUGGCCGUGAGGCUGGAGUACGUAGGCAACUGCAUCGUGCUCUUUGCAGCCCUGUUUGCUGUCAUCUCCCGGUACAAACUCAGUGCGGGCUUGGUGGGCCUGUCCGUGUCUUACUCGCUGCAGGUGACCACAUACUUGAACUGGCUCGUGCGGAUGUCUUCGGAGAUGGAGACCAAUAUUGUAGCUGUGGAGAGACUCAAGGAGUAUUCAGAAACAGAGAAGGAGGCUCCCUGGCAAAUUGAGGAAACCGCUCCGCCCAGCACCUGGCCUCAGGUAGGCCAAGUGGAGUUCCUGGACUACGGGCUGCGCUACCGAAAGGAGCUGGACCUCGUGCUGAAGCACAUCAAUGUCACCAUCGAAGGGGGAGAGAAGGUUGGCAUCGUGGGCCGAACAGGCGCUGGGAAGUCAUCGCUGACGCUGGGCUUGUUUCGCAUCAACGAGUCGGCCGAGGGACGGAUCGUCAUCGACGGCGUGGACAUCGCCAAGAUCGGCCUGCACAAUCUCCGCUUCAAGAUCACCAUCAUUCCUCAGGAUCCCGUUGUGUUUUCGGGUUCCCUCCGCAUGAACCUGGACCCGUUCAACCAGUACUCUGACGAAGAGGUGUGGACAUCUUUGGAGCUGGCUCACCUGAAGAGCUUUGUGUCGGCCCUUCCGGAUAAGCUCAACCACGAGUGCGCGGAAGGCGGGGAGAACCUGAGCGUUGGACAGCGCCAGCUAUUGUGCCUGGCCCGGGCCCUGCUGAGAAAAACGAAGAUCCUGGUGUUGGACGAAGCCACGGCGGCCGUGGACCUGGAAACGGACGACCUCAUCCAGUCCACCAUCCGGACCCAGUUCGAGGGCUGUACCGUCCUCACGAUUGCACACCGACUCAACACCAUCAUGGACUACACUAGGGUGAUCGUCCUGGACAAAGGAGAGAUCCGGGAGUGCGGACCACCUGCUGACCUCCUGCAGCAAAGAGGCCUCUUCUACAGCAUGGCCAGGGACGCUGGCUUGGUGUGA